AUGAAACCUGGAGACAAACUGUUUGAUAAAAUUGAUAGUGCGAUAAUGGGAUGUAAGGUUGGCGUUGCUGUGUUUUCGCCACGAUAUUGCGACUCUUACUUUUGCCUUCAUGAAUUGGCCCUCUUCAUGGAGUCUAAGAAGAAGGUUAUUCCAAUCUUCUGUGAUAUUAAGCCCUCUCAGCUUCGUGUCGUCGAGAAUGGGCAAUGUCCACCGGAGAUGCUUCCAAAGUUUAGGUUGGCUCUUGAACAGGCCAAGAACACUGUUGGGCUGACGUACGACUCCUCAAAAGGGAAUUUGGCAGACGUUGUAACAAGGGCUGCAAAUAUUGUAAUCAACAGCCUGAUAGAGAUUGAGAACGAAAAGCAUUCUAUGCAUCGUCCAAAAACUCCAUUUCAUUUCUAA